UACAACAUUGUUUGGAAACGCUUUGCAUCCUCACCCUGCAGACUGCAGCGCUCGGCUUGUGAAAACCAUUACGUUUAAUUUACAGCCUUUUCUGCGCCUUUUACAGGUGACCAUGCAUCGAUACGCGUCAGUGGGUAUACUGGAAGCUGCUUUGUUGGUUUUGCUGGCAGGCUGUCAACAAUGUGUCUUAGCAUCCAGCGACACAUUGGCUCCAGAGGUCUUGCAGAACAACGGCACCCUGUAUGCAGUCUGCAAGGUGAGACCCAGCACCUCUCUCCCGGAGGACCUGCCCAAAGUGUACGGCCAUGUGCUGUUCAAGCAGGAUCAUCCUCAGGAGAAAGUCAAGGUCCUUCUCCGAUUUAGUGGCUUCCCCAGAGACGGCAGUCCGGAGCCCAGAGCGGUGCACAUCCAUCAGUAUGGAGACCUGAGCCGGGGAUGUGACUCCACCGGUGGCCACUACAAUCCAUAUGGUGUAAAUCACCCUAACCACCCUGGAGACUUUGGAAACUUUGAGCCCCAGCAAGGGAAGAUUAAUACAAUGCUAGAAUCUGAUGCAACACUGUUUGGAAGCCUGUCUGUGUUUGGGAGAGCAGUGGUGAUUCAUGAAAAGAUAGACGACUUAGGGCGUGGUGGAGACGCUGGGAGCCUGCUGCAUGGAAACGCAGGCCGAAGGCUCGCAUGCUGCAUUAUUGGGGUUUCGUCCCCCAAUCUCUGGAAUAUGAACUUUAAGCAGUACUCCAGGCGGCUGAGGAGGAAUUAACCUACAGUAGUGUAGGUACUUCCAGUUUGAUACCAAGAAAAAAAUAAUGAGGUGGUUAAACCCACAUCCUGCCAAAAUGCAUAGUAGCUUCUUAGAAGUAUUAGAAACAUGCUUUAAUAAUUGUUCAAGAGUUUUCUUACUACAAAUUAGCAUAAUUAUGGUGUUCAAUAUUAGUAAUGGUACAGUUGGUUGGUUGGAGUAUCAACAAACCAAAUAUAUGAUUGGACUGCUUUUCCUUUCACUCCAUCAGCAGAUUCUCUCUCAGCUUAUCCUGGUCCUUAAGUUGUGACCAAAAUUAUUGAAAUAAAUUUCAGUACCAUCAGCCUCAGCUGUGCUGUCUUUGUAGCUUGAAGUUAGUUAGUCGUCUUGUGUAAAAAUAAAUAAAUACAGAAUACAUACAAAUGCAUACAAAUACAAUGGUUUUUAAAGUCAAAAGCAAAAAGUAAUUUACACAAAUUUUCUAAUAAAAAAAUAAGAUCAAGAUGUCAGUGUGUUAUAUUUCAGGAGGAGCUUCGAGAAAUGACUCUUGUAAUUAUCA